AAGGUGUGAAAAAAGUGACAGUACACAAUAUCACAAAAAAACCAAACAAAAUAAAGAUGUACGCAAAAUUGUGGAAGCUGCCAGAAGACCACGAAGGACCCCGGCAACACAACAACAAUACAACAACAACAACAAUAGCAACACUACAACAACAAAUUUUUGAGACCCAAAGGCUAAAUCAAAAUAUGGCUGCCUACUUGCCCAAUCAAGACUGCCGUUUAGAUGAUCGCAGCCGCAGUCCCAACCAAUCCGCACGUCCAACAGCGAGAAGUUCUAGCAGACCCAGACGCCCAACCGAACCCAUUCCCAGCAGACCGGCUCAUAGACACCGCAGACUUCCCAGUUCCACAUCGCCAGAAAGACGUCAACGAAGCCGCUCCGCUGCAAGAUCCCGCCAACGCCAAGAACGACCCAGCUAUUGGCAGUAUUCCUGUGGGUUGUGUCAGGAGGACCAUGCCCUAAGUGCUUGCGAGAGGUUUCGCCACCAGACCCCCUUCCAACGCUAUGAGACCGUGGAGCGUAGGGGGUACUGCAGAAAUUGCCUUGCCAGAAGUCAUUUGGCCCCUGACUGUCCGUCGUUGACUGGUUGCAGGAGGUGCAACAAUCGGCAUCAUACGCUGCUACACGGGGCGUCUCAGCUGGAGGAAGUAUCCCUAAACGUGGAAGUUGUAACAACACCAAACUUUGCGUGGGAUUUGGUAUUUGUGCCAACGGCUAUGGUGCGCAUCAAGGCUGACAAAAUAGAGGGGUACAGCAUGCUAAGGGCAUUAAUCAGGCAAUCAGCGACGAUGUCCAAAAUAUCGUAUGCGGCUUUCCGUAGAUUGGGCCUACAAUCGCGGAUUUACAAAGGGCAGCGAUUUACCACCUUUACGGUUUCGCCCCGCCGCACAAACAGCCACUGGAGUCUUAGAGUUAAUGCCUUGAUAAUCGAAGAUUUGCCCAGGCGCAUUUACUCGGACCCAAUCCUCGAGGACCCCACAAGAAGUUUCCGAAAUUGCGCCCUAGCCGACCCUGAUCCCCGAGGCAACAAUCCCGUCGAUGUGGAACUGGGUGCUGACGUUUACUCAGCCAUAAGAAAAGACGAGUGCAAGGAGGCUGGAAUUGGAGAUGUCCUGGCCUAUGAUACCCAGCUGGGUUACGUGUUUGCCGGUCCAAUAAAAAAUAUGCCAAAAAUAUAAGAACAACAUUGUAUUUCAAAAAUGAAUGUAAACACUUGUCAUUCGGGGGCCAGAAAUGUUCAUAAAAGAUGCUAGAUUUUUGCGCAACAGUGUUGUUUGUUACAUUACCGGUGGCUGCAUAAAUAACAUCAUAAAAAAAUGAUGUACGUAUACACACACACAUGCACAUAUAUGCAGCCACCGGUAAAUUCCAAUGCUGAAUUCAAAUAAAUAAGCAUCGUCACCAGCCAAAACAGGUUUGCUGUGACGAUGCAAAUUUGAGUUAGAUCAGUUCUGUCUCGAAUUUGAAAGCGCGUACGCAAGUUUCCCCCCCGAAGUGAACAGUGCCCAAAAACAAAAAAAAAAACCAAAGUGUUAACAAAAAAACAUAAUACAAAAAACAUAAAACAUUGUACAAAAAAUUGAAAAUAAAACAUUGUACAAAAAAAAAAUUGAACAGAUUGAACAAAAAACUACAAAUAAACAAAAAAAUUGUAAACAAAACAUUGUACAAAAAAAAGGAAAUUAAUUGAACAAAAAAACCUAAAUCUAAACAAAAAGUGUAAACGAAACAAAUUGAAUUUAAAGAAUUGAAACAAAAUAA